UGGCGGGGCCUUUGUCUCUAACUGAAGCGGGAGCUUCAGGUCUUGUCCUCACUGCUUUGUGUCUUCUGGUUUUAGGGGCGCAGCCUCUGUGGCCCUGUGACCUGCCCCCUGGAAGCCUAGAAAUGGGACUGUUGACAUUUAGGGAUGUGGCCAUAGAAUUCUCUCUGGAGGAGUGGCAGUGCCUGGACACUGCACAGAAGAAUUUAUAUAGGAAUGUGAUGUUAGAGAACUACAGAAACCUGGCUUUCCUGGGUGUUGCUGUCUCUAAGCCAGACCUCAUCAUCUGUCUGGAGAAAGACAAAGAGCCCUGGAAUAUGAAGCGACAUGAGAUGGUGGAUGAACCCCCAGGUAUAUGUCCUCAUAUUGCUCAAGACAUUUGGCCAGAGCAGGGCAUGGAAGAUUCUUUUCAAAAAGUAAUACUAAGAAGAUUUGAAAAAUGUGGACAUGAGAACUUACAGUUUAGAAAAGGUUGUAAAAGUGUGGAUGAGUGUAAGGUACACAAAGAAGGCUAUAAUGGACUUAACCAGUGUUUCACAACUACCCAGGGCAAAGUGUCUCAAUGUGGUAAAUAUAUGAAAGUCUUUUAUAAAUUUAUAAAUUUAAACAGAUAUAAGAUAAGACAUACUAGAAAGAAACCUUUCAAAUGUAAAAAUUGUGUCAAAUCAUUUUGCAUGCUUUCACACAAAACCCACCAUAAAAGCAUUUAUACUACAGAGAAGCCAUACAAAUGUAAAGAAUGUGGAAAAACCUUUAAUUGGUCCUCAACCCUUACUAAUCAUAAGAAGCCUCAUACUGAAGAAAAGCCCUACAAAUGUGAAGAAUAUGGCAGAGCUUUUAAUCGAUCCUCAAAUUAUGCUACACAUAAGAUAACUCAUACUGCAGAGAAACCUUACAAGUGUGAAGAAUGUGGCAAAGCAUUUAGCCAAUCCUCCACACUAACCAUACAUAAGAGGAUACACACUGGAGAGAAACCCUGCAAAUGUGAAGAAUGUGGUAAAGCAUUUAGCCAACCCUCAGCCCUAACCAUACAUAAGAGGAUGCACAUUGGAGAGAAACCCUACAAAUGUGAAGAAUGUGGCAAAGCAUUUGUAUGGUCCUCAACCCUAACUAGACAUAAGAGGCUGCACACGGGAGAGAAACCCUACAAAUGUGAAGAAUGUGCCAAAGCUUUUAGACAGUUCGGACACCUUACUACACAUAGGAUAAUUCAUACUGGAGAGAAACCCUACAAAUGUGAAGAAUGUGGUAAGGCAUUUAUAUGGCCCUCAACCCUAAGUAAACAUAAAAGGAUUCACACUGGAGAGAAACCCUUCAAAUGUGAAGAAUGUGGCAAAGCUUUUCACCGAUCCUCAAAUCUUACUAAACAUAAGAUAAUUCAUACUGGAGAGAAGCCUUACAAGUGUGAAGAAUGUGGCAAAGCAUUUAUAUGGUCCUCAAACCUUACUGAACAUAAGAAAAUUCAUACUAGAGAGAAACCCUACAAAUGUGAAGAAUGUGGUAAAGCAUUUAGCCGAUCCUCAGCCCUAACUACACAUAAGAGAAUGCACACUGGAGAGAAACCCUACACAUGUGAAGAAUGUGGCAAAGCUUUUAGCCAAUCCUCAACCCUUACUGCACAUAAGAUAAUUCAUACUGGAGAGAAACCCUACAAAUGUGAAGAAUGUGGCAAAGCUUUUAUAUUGUCCUCAACCCUAUCUAAACAUAAGAGGAUUCACACUGGAGAGAAACCCUACAAAUGUGAAGAAUGUGGCAAAGCUUUUAGUCAAUCCUCAAAUCUUAGUACACAUAAGAUAAUUCAUACCGGAGAGAAACCUUACAAGUGUGAAGAAUGUGGCAAAGCGUUUAAUCGAUCCUCAAAUCUUGCUACGCAUAAGAUAAUUCAUACUGGAGAGAAACCUUACAAGUGUGACGAAUGUGGUAAAUCAUUUAUCUGGUCCUCAACCCUUUUUAAGCAUAAGAGAAUUCAUACUGGACAGCAACCCUACAAAUGGGAAAAAAUUGGCAAAGCCUUUAACCAGUCCUUACAUCUCACUACAGAUAAGAUAACUCAUUGGAGAGAAAUCUUACAAGUGUGAAUAAUAUGGAAAGCCUAAAAAAGUCCUCAAUUCUUAACAGAUAUAAGAUUAUUCAUACUGAAGACAAACUGCAGAUCUGAAAGAUGUGCCAAUGCUUUUGACAGCACCUCAGACUUUUCUAAACAAAGAAAAUCAUACUCCUGACAAAUCCUAGAAAUGUGAAGAAUGUGACAAAGACUUUAAAUGAUUGUCAACAAUUGAUUGUGGGUAAGAUAAUUCAUACUGGAAAAAACUACCACUGUGAACAAUGUGGCCAAGCUUCUAACCAAUGCUUACAGCUUAUUGCACCAGAAAGCGUUUAUAUUUGAAAACAAAUGUACAAAUAUAGACAAAGUAAAAAAACCAUUAAUACCUGCUCACAUCUUACUCAAAAUCAAAGAGUUCAUACUAAAUAAAAGCAUUAAAAGUCUAAUUACCAUCAAAAGAUAAGAACGUAUGUCUUUAAAGUGCAGAAGAGUAUUUAUUUUGAAAAAGCAUUACAAAUAUGAAGAGGGUUGUAAUACCUUUACUUGUAUCACAGAGCUUAUUGUACACAUUUUGUACUAGAGGAAAACCCUGAGGCAGUUAUUAACAUUUUGUUCAGUAUCAGGGAGUUUAUAUUGAAGAAAACCCUACAAAUAUGCUGAAUUUGGAAAAACAUUUUUUCAAAAACUACAAAUUAUAAAACACCAAAGAGUUCAUACUAAAAUAUAUUUUUGCAGAUGCAUUAAAUAUGAAAGAUGUUCAAUCCAAAAUUAAGUCUAUGUAAAUAUCAGGGAAUAAUUCACAGUAGAAAUAUCUAGGGCACUCAAACUUUAGACAUUACACUAAAUCAGAGUGCUGAGUGUAGGAAAUAAUACAAACUAAAGUUCAUGUAAGCGUUAAUUGUGUAUAACUUUAAAAGAAGUAGAAUUUUUUUGGAGAGUUAUAAUUACAUUCAAAGUAUACUUUUUUUUUGAAAAUACAGAAUUUUUUAAAAGCGAAUAAUAAUGGAGCUAAACUCUUAGAUUACUUCAUGCUGUUUCACCAUUCCUAGUGUAUUCACAUGUGAAAACGUGACUAAUUGUUGCUGCAUAAAAGAUAUGAGAGAUUCUUUUUUAUUAGGUAGGUAUUAUUUAUGACCUUUUCUAUGGAAAGGUA